AUGUUGCAGAGAGCAGCAAGCAAUGCAUAUUCAUGGUGGUGGGCCAGCCACAUCCGUACAAAACAAUCCAAAUGGCUCGAACAUAAUCUUCAAGAUAUGGAGGAGAAGGUACAUUACACACUGAAGAUCAUAAACGAAGAUGGAGACACUUUUGCGAUAAGGGCUGAGAUGUAUUAUCGUAAGAGGCCUGAGAUUGUUAAUUUCGUCGAGGAAGCGUUUCGUUCCUACCGUGCUUUAGCAGAACGCUAUGAUCAUUUGUCCACAGAGCUUCAAAGUGCUAACCACAUGAUCGCCACCGCUUUUCCUGAACAUGUUCCGUUUCCUCUCGAUGACGAUGAUGAUGAUGAUGAUGACAACCAUGACAAACCACCUAAGCCUCUUCAUCUCAUCCCCGGUGGAACUCACAUACCAGAGGUCACUGAGAUUCCCAAGAAAGAGUUCAAGAGCCAAUCUCUGAUGUUGAGAAAAGGACCUUGUGAUAUGAAAGGUUCGGUCUCUUCUUGUGCAGUGGUGAGUUCAGGAUUGAGUAAAGAAGAGGCACUAGAGGAGAUUGAUAGAAUCCAUAAGGGGAUCUUGGUGCUUCAGACAGAGAAGGAGUUUGUGAGGAGUUCUUACGAGCAGGCUUAUGAAAGGUACUGGAACUUGGAGAACGAGGUUACAGAGAUGCAGGAGAGGGUUGUUAGUUUACAAGACGAGUUUGGAGUUGGCGCAGAGAUAGAAGACGGUGAAGCUAAGACGCUGGUGGCUAGCACUGCUCUGACCUCAUGUAAAGAGACGAUAGCUAAGCUCGAGGAGACGCAGAAACGAUUUGCUGAAGACGCAGAAACCGAGAAGGAAAGGAUUGUUUCUGCGACAGAGAGGUUUGAAGCACUGAGAAAUAAGUUUGAGAUGGUUAGUAAAGAAGAAGCUAAGAAAGGUUCUUCUGGUCAAGAAUCUAAAAAGGAAUCAAGAGAGGUUGAUUUGGGUGAAAACCUUCUGACUAAUGCAGAGUUUGCGGAGAAGAUAGAUGAGCUUGUGGAGAAAGUUGUGACUCUGGAGACAACAGCUUCAUCUCACACAGCAUUGGUAAAUACGUUGAGAUCAGACACCGAUGAGUUACACGAACAUAUUCGUGUCGUGGAGGAAGACAAGGCAUCUCUUGUUUCAGAUUCAAUAGAUAUGAAGAGAAGAAUCACAGCGCUUGAAGAUGAGCUGAGUAAAGUUAGAGACCUGUUCCAGAGAGUGGAAGAACAGAACAAUGAUCUUCAAAAGCAUUUGGUUGAUGCUAAUAGCACAGCUAAACACUUAUCUGGAAAGUUACAGGAAGUGAAGAUGGAUGAGCCUUCUAAGGAUUUAGAUUCAAUCUCAGAAGACGCAGAGAUAAUAAUAAAGAGUGAAGCGGAAGUUAAAGAGGCCAUUGUAGUCAAUCAAGAGACUGUGAAAGAAGAGAAACCAGAGACGAAAGACUCAGAAACAGAAAGCACUUGUUUUGGCACAGAGGGAGAAGAUGAGGAGGAGAGGAGAAACUGGAGGCAGCUGUUACCUGAAGACGGCAAGGAGGAUAGAGAGAAGGUUCUAUUGGAUGAAUACACAUCAGUGCUAAGAGACUACAGAGAAGUGAAGAGAAAGUUGGGUGAAGUUGAGAAGAAGAACCGUGAUGGCUUCUUUGAGCUGGCAUUGCAGUUGAGAGAGCUCAAGAACGCUGUUUCUUGCGAAGACGUGGCAUUUCAUUUCUUACCUCAGAAACCUGAAAGCAUGUGUAUCUCUCAUAGCUCUAGCUCUUCGAUCUCCAUGGCACCACAUCAUCAGCAAGUUGGAGACGUGAAGAACACCGCAAAGAACAAAGAAGAAGAGGGGGUUAAAGUGAAGUUUGCAGUUACUGAUGAAACUCCAAGAAAGAAGAUUCCAACCGUGGAAGAAAAAGUGCGUGGAGAUAUUGAUGCGGUGCUAGAGGAGAACAUCGAGUUCUGGUUGAGGUUUAGCACAUCUGUCCACCAGAUUCAAAAGUACCAGACAGCAGUUCAUGACUUGAAAGCAGAGCUAUCUAAACUCAGUAGUAACGCAUCAGAGGCAAAGCCUAUAUACAGACACCUUAGAGAGAUUCGUACAGAGCUGCAGCUAUGGCUAGAGAACAGUGCAGUCCUUAGAGACGAGCUCGAGGGAAGGUACGAAACACUUUGCAACAUCAAAGAUGAAGUUACAAGGAUGACGUCUCAAUCAGGUGGUACUAAAGUAAACGAUAGUACAGAGUUAAGCAGUUACCAGGCUGCAAAGUUCCAUGGAGAGAUACUCAACAUGAAACAGGAGAACAAAAGAGUCUUUAACGAGCUUCAAGGUGGCCUUGAGCGUGCAAAAACUCUCAGAACUGACGUGGAGAGAGUUGUCUGCAAACUAGAAGAGGGUCUUGGGAUCUCUAACGCGGCGGCUACAAGAUCUCUGAGCAAGAACACAUCAUCAUCAUCAUCAUCAUCAUCACCUAGAAAGCCUAGGAUUCCACUAAGGUCAUUCUUGUUUGGUGUCAAGUUGAAGAAGUAUAAACAGCAGAAGCAACCUUCAUCAAUCUUUGCUUGUGUGAGUCCAUCUCCAGCACUGAACAAACAGUGUAGCUACAUUGUUCCACCAGAAAAGCUCCCUAGGAGUCCCUAAACUAAAUCUGUAUUCAAUACUUUGAAGAUUGAAAGUGUAUGAGAUUUGUAUUAUUAAUUAGUACCAUGUACUGGG